CUUCUUUCUCCAAUACCAGUAACAUCGCUUUUCCAGCCUACAAAUCUUCAUUUCAAUUUCCAUACUCGUGAAGAUGCCUUUCGGUUGGGGAGACUCAGAAAACGCCUACAGCCAAGUUUACGAGAACAACCAGUUCGAGGAGAACAAGUCAAGCUUCAGUCAUGAACUCAUAGCUGGAGGUGCGGCAUUCGCUGGCUUCAAGGCCUUCGAAGACCACCAACGCAAAGAGGGCAAGCCUGUAUCCCAUGCCUUCGCGAAGGAGCUCGUGGCUGGUUUCGCGGCCGCGGAGGUGGACAAGCUAGCGGAGACAAAGGGAGAGGACUGGUUUGACAGGGAACAGGCGAAGCACAACGCGAAGAAGAAUGCAGAGAGGAUGUAUGAGGAACAUUAUGUCGAGAAUCAGGGCGCGGACCAGUAUGAUCCCAACCAGUACGAGCGCCCUCAGCACUUUGACCGCCGUGGAUGGUAG